AUGAAUAAUGAAGUCCAUCUUAUAGUUUUAUUACUCACUUGUAUAUUAGAAGGUACAAAUUUAUGGUAAAAUUUAGCUCAUCAAUUUUUUUCUUUGGGUAGUAAUCUAGUAUUGCAUAGUUUAAAUGAUUUGCAUAAUUUAGAGACUAACUAAUUAGGAUGUAGUUCAAAGUUGAAGGAAGUAAGCAAAUCUAUUGAAGUAUGGUCAGAAAUUUUAGAGAACUGGGACUAGAUCAUCACAGAUUCUAGUAAUCUUUAGUAGUUAAAAAUGUCAUUAUAAUUUUAUUGUGGAAAGGGUUAUAAUGAUGGAUUGUCUGGUAUUCAAUUUAAUUUAUAAUUCAAGUAUUCUUGCCAUUCAGAAAUUUAUUCACAGACACCAUUAGUCAAAUAAGUGGAGAAUCUUUAAAAAUUACACCUUUUUAAAAUUGGAGAAGAGAGAGUGCUCUGGAAUUAUAAGGAUUAUCAAGUUUAUUAGAUAAAUUUGAUAAUGAGAAUGACUUGAUAUUAGGGUGCAAUAAAACAGAAGAAUCAAUUAAUAGACUAAUGAAAGAGUGGGAAUAAGUGAAAAAUUAAUGUCAGAAAGGACCAUAAGUAAUAUUCUUCAAAUAAGUUAGACUAUAAUCAAAAUUAUCAAAGAUAAAGCUGAAGAAAUUAGAGAAAUUACAAAAGAAUGUUCGGGCGGUCUACGAACUAUUGUUAAAAUUAAACCAAUAGGUGAUGACGAAAAAGUAAAAAUCACUGGGAAACCUGAUGGAUAGUGUUGGGGGUAGAAAGAAACUUAAGAACCUAGCUAUCCCUCAUAAUAAAUCCAAAUAAAACAAGCCUAUAGAAUUCUAACAGGAGAUAAUUCAGACUCUUCAAACUAAAUGAAGCAAGCAGAAUUUAAUAAUCCUGUUCCUGUUUAUAUGGAAGAAAAGGAAAAUUCAUAAAACUUCAUAUAAUAUGGUUAUGGAUAUUGGGCUAAAUUUUUAUUGGCAUAUCCUACAUUCUUGCCUAAUGGAAAGAAUGAAGAUUGGUAUUUUGUUUCCAGAUUGAGUUCAGAUUAGUCAAAUCAGGAUAUGAUUAUGGGAAGUAGAACGUUAGCUGUUUGGGUAGGUAGAGGAUAUUAUCUUUUCACUACUUGCGAUACAGAACCCCAGGAUGCUAAUAAAUGGAAAACAGUUAAUUAUCCUAAAGAUUUUGAUGGCAUUUGGACUUAUAUUUACUAUUCUUACAGUGCUUAGUUAAAAAAAGCUGUUGCGUUUAUCAAAUUUGGGAGUGAGAAUUUUAAUACAGUUACUUUCUCAGUUUAGAAUCCCUCAACAAAUUGGGUCAGAUUUACUAUUGGAGGUAAAGAUAAUAAUAGAUAUGCUGGAUUUAAUGGUUUAUUAUAUUAAAUCUAUUUCAGUGCUGAAUCAGAUGUUUUCCUUGAUUCUGAUGAUAUUAGUAAGUUGUAAUACUAAACAUAACCAAAUGAUUUAAUACCUAAUUUAAUCAAUUAUGAAUUGGUCUCAUAUUUAUAAUAUAGGGAUCCUGAUACAAAAGAAGUUUUUUCUAUUGUUGGAACAUCAAAUAAUCCUUAAUUCCCACAAAAAUAUGGAUUAAGUGGAUGGUUCAAAUGGGAUGUACCAGAAUAACAAUAAUACUGGCAUAUCAUUUUCAGAGUUCAAAUCUAAUAGCCAUCACAUGAUGGAGUGUUUGGAGAUAGAACAUUGGCUGCUUGGGUUGGACAAGGAGAUGGAGGUGUCAUUCAUUUGGCAACUUAUACAUAUACUAAUUUAGAAGGUUCUGGAAAUGCAAAUGUAACUUAAAACAUUCCACACUAUAAUCGAUACACUGAAUGGUUCUAUGUUUAAUUUUUUUAUUCAAGACCUGAGUAGAAAGCUUUUGCUUUAAUUAAUUGGAAGAACUAGGCAGACUAAUUAGAAUAUACAAAUAUCAAACACUUCCAAGUACCUAAGUACUUCAUUUAUGUAGGCAACGACAAAUUAUUCUCAGGAUUCAAGGGUAAUAUUGCAUCAGUCUUCUUCAAUGUUGGAGAAGAACUUAAACUGCAAAUAAUUGGGGAUUACUGGAUGAGUAUCUCCGAGAUGAUUCAUCCAUUUCAACAAAUUUUCGAUGAAUAAUCAUUAAUUCUUGGAUGCUCAUAUUUUAUUGAUGGCAAAUUUUUAAAUUGUUUAGAGGGAUGGGAUUUUUUAGUUUUAAGUAAUCAGUGUAAACCAAUUUGUGGAGAUAAUUUAAUUUUUGGAACUGAAGAAUGUGACGACGGGAACUUAAUUCCUUUUGAUGGUUGCUUCAACUGCAAAUUCUAGUGUGACAAAAAUUGCAAAAUAUGUGAAUUUGGAAGAUGCAUUUAAUGUAUUUUUGGUUACGAUCUAAAAUCUUAAUAUUGCUAUCCUGUUUGUGGAGAUGCAUUGACUCUGGAUCAUGAAGUAUGCGAUGAUGGCAAUAUUGAAAAAUUUGAUGGCUGUUAUAAGUGCAACAAUAGUUGCCAAAUAGAAUGUAGAUUAUGUGUUAAUUAAUUAUGCUUAUAAUGUUAAGAUGGAUGGUAGUUGAUAAGUAAUCAGUGUUUAUAAGUUUGUAAUGACAAUCUGUUAGCAAUAUUAUCAAUAGAAUAAUGCGAUAAUGAUGAUGAUAAUUAUUGUAAUGAAUGUGUAUAACUAUGCUAAGAUAAUUGUGUAUCAUGUCAUACAUAUAAUCAAUGUUAAUUUUGCAGACAUCCAUUUGAAUUGGUCAAUGGAAUAUGUACAUCUAUCUGUGGAGAUUCAAUUGUGAUCGUUGGGUUUGAAUAAUGUGAUGAUGGAAAUGAUAUACAAUUUGAUGGUUGUUACCAAUGUUAAUUAUAAUGUUCAUUCGGAUGUAUUUAAUGUUAGAACAAUAAUAUUUGUGCAGAAUGCGACCCUUCACUUGCUAAACUAAAUGAUCGCACUAUGAAAUGUGAAUAAAUACAUGAAGAUACGGAAUUAUUUGAAGAAAUUGUAGAGGUUAAUGAUAAUUAAUGUGGAAAUGGUCUACUUAAUAGCCUUUAUGAAGAUUGUGAUGAUGGCAAUAUUGAGGGAGGAGAUGGAUGUUCUGCAUAUUGCAACAUUGAAACUUCAUUUAUUUGUACGAAUGCGGAAAACUCAUUAAGCCUUUGCACUUAUUUAGAAACUCCAUAGUUUAAAUUAGAAUCACUCUCUAAUAAAAAAAGUUAAUCAUAAAUUAUAGAACUAAGUUUCACACAAAAGGUGAAAUUGAGUACUCAACUUCCUUUUAAGAAUAUAACUAUUUUUACAGUUUUACCAACUACAAGGUAUGAUAUUAAUAUAAUACCACUGGUGGAAUGUUCAACAGAAUUUAAUCAAUCUAAAUAUUAAAUAUCUAUAUUUUUUAGAGAUCCUGUAGACAAUCCAGUUCUUAGAGUUGAAAUAGAGAAAUCAAAUAUUAUCAAUGAAUUAAAUUAAUAUUUGGUGGAUAAUAGAAAAGAAAUCAGUUUAGGAAAUCCUUUUGUGAUAUCUGAAGCAACCCAAUAAACAGUUUCUAAAAUCGUAUCUAUGAAUGAUGCAAUGAUUUAUUCAAUGAUCUCUAUUUCAGGAUUUGUUUUAUUGACUGGUAACACAAUGAUGUUCUUGAAUUUGUUAGAUUUAUUGCAAUCUUUAUCAUAUCUUAGAUAUAUGCAAUACUAUUUCCCAUAGCAUUUGAAAUAAUUUCUGGAUACUUAUACUAAAAUAUCACUAGCACCAAUUCUAGAUUUUCUAUAGGUUGAUUACUUCCUAUCAAAACUAAAUGGCGGUACUUUGCCUUUAAAAAAAAAAAAUGUAUAAAGUGAGUUGAAUACAUAUUUCCUAAUGAAUUCCAAAAGUUGUUAUUUUUCUAUUUUGCUAUCUCUUUUUUCAUAUUGUGUAUUUUGUAUAAUCACUAGUUCAAGAAUAAUAUAUUUGUUGAAGUAUUUUGAAACAAGAUUUUGGUAAAAUAGUAAAUACUUAAGAUUUUAUAGGUUUAUUUAAAAGAAAAUUAUUAGAAAAUGCCUUCUUUUGA